UCGCCUCUCUCUUCCCAAGCAGUCCAGCGACGAACACCCGCCGCGAAAUCCCAAAUCACCAACCAAAUCCCCUCCUCCCGCGUCCCGACGAGCACCAGCCGCCGGACAUGGACGCCUCAGCCACCGGAGCCGGAGCGAAGUCCAAGAAGGGCGCGGCGGGGCGCAAGGCCGGCGGCCCCAGGAAGAAGUCGGUGACGCGGUCCGUCAAGGCCGGGCUCCAGUUCCCCGUCGGCCGCAUCGGGCGCUACCUCAAGAACGGCCGCUACGCGAAGCGCGUCGGCACGGGCGCCCCCGUCUACCUCGCCGCCGUCCUCGAGUACCUGGCCGCCGAGCUGCUGGAGCUCGCCGGGAACGCCGCCAAGGACAACAAGAAGUCCCGCAUCGUUCCCAGGCACCUGCUGCUCGCCGUGAGGAACGACCAGGAGCUCGGGAGGCUGCUGGCCGGCGUGACCAUCGCGCACGGCGGCGUGCUGCCCAACAUCAACCCGGUGCUGCUCCCCAAGAAGACGGCGGAGAAGGAGCCCAAGUCGCCCAAGAAGGCUGCCAAGUCCCCCAAGAAGGCCGAAAAGAAGGCUUAGACAGAGACGCGCAUCGAUCGAUUAGCUUGUCGUGCUCUGUAGAACUAAUGGUGUAGAUGUAGAUCUGUGCUUCCAAGAAAAACCAAUUCAGAAAUCUCUCUUCGAUUGGCUUAGCCGCUGUAGUGCUCUGUAGUAACAGUGAUUGCUGUGUCGAUGUAGAUCUGUGCUGCGAAGAGGAAAAUGUCAGAAAUCUCUCUGAUUUGAGCAAAUUGUUUGUUCUUC